GUUGCAAAGCAUAUGAUCUGCCCGCCAAACAAACCCUUAACCAUUACGAUUCAGCUUCUCUUUCUUCUUCUGCAACUUGCCACCCACUGAUCUAACCUCGACUCGCCCACCCCCCCUCCGAGUUGACUCGUUGAGAGAAACCGAUACUACGAUAAAACAAUGGAGGAAGACGCCGUCCGCCACGAUUCACGUCUCAACACCUGCGUCGUCCUCAACGGCCGAGGCUUCGUUGGCCGAUCGCUCGUCUCCAGAUUGCUCCGACUCGGAAACUGGACAGUCCGAGUCGCUGAUUCCGCUCAGACUCUCAAUCUCGACGAGUCCGACUCGAUCCUCGUCGACGCUCUCUCCUCGGGACGCGCUUCGUAUCACUGCGUUGAUGUUCGUGAUAAGCCUCAGAUCGUUAAAGUUACUGAAGGUUCAUAUGUUGUGUUCUACAUGGGAGAUGAUGAUUUACGUUCUCGUGAUUACUUUUAUUGUUACAAGGUUUUGGUUCAAGGGACGAGGAAUGUGAUUUCAGCUUGUUGUGAGUCUGGAGUUAGGAAACUUAUAUACAACAGUACUGCUGAUGUUGUUUUUGAUGGUUCUGAAGCUAUUUGUGAUGGUGAUGAAUCAUUGAGACGUCCUUUGAAGUUACCAUCCAUGUUGACAGACUUUAAAGCUCAAGCGGAAGCGUUGAUUAAGUUUGCUAACAACCGUGAUGGUCUCUUAACUUGUGCACUUCGCUCUAGUAUUGUGUUUGGACCUGGUGACACGGAGUUUGUCCCUUUCCUUGUGAAUCUUGCCAAAUCCGGAUAUGCAAAGUUUAAAAUCGGAAAUGGUGAAAAUAUGUCUGAUUUCACUUACUCUGACAACGUUGCUCAUGCACAUAUUUGUGCCGCAGAAGCAUUAGAUACACAUAUGGAAUCUGUGGCUGGAAAGGAGUUCUUUAUCACUAACCUCAAGCCUGUCAAAUUCUGGGACUUUGUAAGCCACAUAGUUGAAGGUUUGGGAUACCCAAGACCAUCCACUAAACUUCCUGUUCGGCUGGUUUCGUCUGUUUUGUCACUACUUAAAUGGACACAAGAAAGAGAGGGCACUGGAAGUUAUUAUGACACAGCUCAUCAGUUUGCUCUUUUAGCUUCCUCAACGAGAACUUUUGACUGCAAUGCUGCUAAGAAGCAUCUUGGUUACACACCUGUCGUGACACUUGAAGAUGGUAUUGCAUCAACGGUUCAGUGGUUCUCUCGCGAUCUUGAAAAAUCUGAUGAUACGGCCAUUCAGUCUAAAGCAGAUCAGCUACUUGGUUGUGGAAAAGUUGCAGACAUCUUGCUGUGGAGAAAUGAGAAGAAUACAUUUCUAUCUUUUGUUGUCCUCAACUUGUUAUAUUACUGGUUCUUCUCUUCUGGAAGCACAUUUACUUCGUCUGCAGCCCAACUUCUGUUUAUACUUGCUGUUGCUCUCUAUGGACUCGCUUUUGUGCCGUCAAAGAUCUUUGGGUUUAUUCGAGUCAAGAAAAUACCUCCGUGGAGAUUCGAGAUCUCAGAGUCUGCAGUGAGAGAUCUUUGCACGGAUAUCGUAGUUGCAUGGAACCAUGGAGUUCACAGUUUAAAUUCAUUAAGCAGAGGAGGAGACUGGAUCAAGUUCUUCAAGAUUGCUGGAUCACUAUAUCUCAUCAAACUGAUCGUAUCGCGUUCCUUGGCAACCUUUCUUUUCACAGCGAUGUCAUUCUCGUUCACUGCUUUCUUCAUCUACGAGCAAUACGAGCUUGAGCUCUCUCACCUAGCCCGGUUCCUCAUAGAAUGCUUAACAGUUGUUAAAGAAACGGUGCUGAAGAAUCUGCCUCUACCUGAUGCUUCAUCUAAACCAAUGUUCAUGUGAAGCUUCCAAGACCAGGAAACGAGAAACGCAACAAUCUCAGAGACUAACAUCGGUUAUUAAAUGUCUAUGAACCUGCAAAGAUGCUAUUAAAACUCCUUAUUUUCACUGUAAUCUUGGUGACAGAUUAACAAUAAUUCUUACUAAAGACAAUUACGUGUUAUUUACAAAUUUGCCAAUGUCUACCUUAAAACGCACCGUUUCGGUCCUACUUAGCAGAA